GCUCUUCUCGAAGUGUCUCUACGUUGUUUGAAAGCAAAUCAUCAUGACUGGUCGCGGUAAGGGAGGAAAGGGAUUGGGAAAAGGAGGAGCGAAGAGACAUCGCAAAGUACUUCGCGAUAACAUCCAGGGCAUCACCAAACCGGCCAUCCGUCGUCUUGCUCGCCGUGGCGGCGUCAAGCGUAUUUCCGGUUUAAUUUACGAAGAGACACGUGGUGUACUGAAAGUCUUUCUUGAGAACGUUAUUCGUGACGCGGUAACCUAUACCGAGCAUGCCAAACGGAAGACCGUAACUGCUAUGGACGUGGUCUAUGCUCUGAAGCGUCAAGGAAGAACCCUGUACGGUUUCGGCGGUUAAACAUGACCAUGAUACAUCUUUAGAUAUAAAAAUCGGCCCUUUUCAGG